GCCGGCUACGGUGCUGCCACCGUGUGCGGGGCGGGGGCGGACACGACGACGUGCGAGCCGUGUGAGAAUGGCAGCUUUUCGGAGGUAGACAGUCGCGAGCUGCCGUGUCACGCGUGCAGCGAGUGCACGGACGAGCAGAUCAUGUUACAGGCCUGCUCGCCGACACAGGACACGAUAUGUUUAGCCAAAGAUUUCUCCAAACUGCGACCGCAAUUGAACCUCGGCUCGAAAAGUGUAAACGUGGCGCCAUCUGACGGCGUCGGCGACGCAUCGAACGGCCACCUCAUUCCGAUCUACUGCUCGGUGCUCGCUAUCGUCAUCUGCUGCCUUGUCGCUUACGUCAUCUAUCGGCGCCGGCAGCUGUGGCAGCAGAAGCAAGAGAAGUCGCAAAAGGAGGCGACAGCAGACUGUGAGGAGGUCGGGGAUGAGGAGCUGGCAUUGUCCGACGGUGACACGCGCGACGACGUCGACACACGCACGAGCGUGCUGGGAAACUCUCACGCCAGUAACGUAUAGACGGCGCCACGAUCGCGCGCAACGCGUGAUCGAGUCGGCAGCACAUUACAUCGCAUUUGUAUAGGGUAUCGUAUUGCAUUGUACAGUCAUCAUAAUAUAAUCAUGUAUAUUUAAACAUUGAGUGCUGUCCAGUAUGUGAAAUCGCGGUGUCCACAAUGGCAUAAUAAUUAUUACAUUGCGCACGAUGCCAUCUCGUGUUCUACCUGAUAUAAUAUCUAGUUAUACAGAAUAUUAUAUCACGUCAUGCAUGAUGUCAUAUUGUGUUAUGCAGAUGUCAUGCCGUGUUACACAUGGUAUCAUAUAAUCAGGAGUGAAUAAUAAUAUAUUAUGAAUAGAUCUAUUAUUAUUUACUUCUGAUAUAAUGUUACACAGGAUAUCGUGUCUCGUUCUACCUGAUACCAUAUCACGUUAUACAGAUAUCAUAUCAUGUUAACGAGAUAUCAUAUCUUGUUACACAGGAUAUCACAUCAUGUUCAACAGGCAUAGCACCGUAUGUUGUGUGUAAUGUGUGUAUCAUUUCGUGUUGUAAAUACAUGUAGUAUAAUAUCAUUCUGUCACUUGGGUAUAUGCGAGGCUCGGCAGGCGUAUGCACGUUCACCCCGCGUACACGGUUAAUCAUGCGCUUGUGUGUGUGAUUAUUAUGUCGCUACAAUACUCGUAUACAUUCAGAUAACAAUCUAACGCGUGUGUGAAUCGUUAUGCGGCGUUCCCGUGUAUGGCAACAGUCAUCAUAGGUCUAGAGUGAAUCCCUACAGGCCAUGACUGCGUGGCAUUAAAAUCUUCGCCCUUGACACGCCGCCGUCGUAGCUAGCGUUUGAGUAUGUUCGCCACGUGACAGAGCGACGUCGUGGGCGUGACCACGUGAUGGUUUUGGCGCGAAUUAUACUCAUCCGGUAUUGGCAUUAUCCUGUGAGAGCUUUCAUUAUGCGCCCAUCGUCAACGAUUGCUAUCAACCCCACCCGCUCCCCUACCGCGCGCCGCUCUCAUACGUGGUAGAUGUAUGGAGGUGGGACGGAGCAAUGAACGUAUCUGCUGCUGCUUGUAGCAGACGAGUUACGUGUUGCGGAGAGCCUGAAACAUCAUAGUGCUCCGCUCUCUCUCUCUAGUGGGAUGCGGCUGAUGAUCUAUAUGGAAACAAUUUUCACCGUAGAAACAAACGUGAUAGAGUCCGGCUCUGCCUUGCUAUAUCGUCGAGGAUAGGUGUUGUAAUUCGCAUCGCGCGUGAGCGCGGACCACUGUCUACAUAAGUAUCGUAAGGAGAGAUGCCGUGUAAAGAAAUCAUCGAGUCACGGGAAAGGCGGAGAAUCUCCGGCUGACUGGUUGGUAUGCUAUGUUACGUAUACGUAAGUACGAGCGGUGGCGAAGACAUCUCUUUCUAUUAUAUUAUGUGAAUAGGGAAUAUAGAUAGAUAGAGUGAGAGAGGAAGAGAGACAAACAUACAAGAA